UGACAAACAGACCGUGGGGCAACCUUGCCCUGUAUUUUGUCUUCGUGCUCAUGUCCCUCUGAAGCUGACGGUGUAUAACAGUCUUGACAUCAACCCACAGAUCGUCAAAGACAACAUAAAGAGAACAUGUCCUUGCGACCAGAAGGCCAUCGCUCACCGCGAUCAAGGUCCAAAUCACACUCGCGUCGUGAUCGGUCACGCUCACACAGCAAUGUCCGGAAGACACACAAUGUUACUCCCGAGAGGCCUGCAGAGUAUGUUUAUGCCAAUACCCCAGCCUCGGUACCACGUCACAUCUCGCCAGUGGUAACAAUGCCCGCCAUGCCCGGUGACUAUGAGGACGAGUAUACCAUCGAUCCUGGAAGCUUACGUAGCGAUGGACACCAUCUACCAUAUCCUGUAGUUGGACAACUGCCUUAUCCCUCUGUACCACAGGAGAUAGAUAUGGGUGACUACAAGGAUCUUCCGCCGCAAGACCGACCUGGCUAUGCUGCGUCUAGAGAUGCAUACGACAGUGAUUCCGAUCUGGCUUAUGGUAGCUUACAGGUGCCUGAGGCUGGAAGGGGUCGUGGCAGUAGUGUGAGUAGUCAGCGAGCACCUUCACCAUCUGGCUACACGUCUGAAUCUUAUCGCUAUUCUACAUCUGGAGCUCAGGAGUCGCAGUAUGUGACAUCUAAGACAUCAUCUGGGCAGGCUCAGCAAUAUCAACAUUCGCAAACUCGAGCUGAGCAACCGUCAUUACAUCAUGCCUACUCCGCUCCACUUCACGGGGCUAGUGCUGGGAAGCAGCCUCAGGCCUCAUCUCAGAGAGCGCAAACCUUCGAUGUGAAGCCCGGUAUCUCGAAGCAGACUAAGCUUGGAUUGAACGUACGCAUGGAUCGAUUGUCUGUCAGUGGGAACAGGCCAGACGUACCUGGCAUACUACCACCUCCCAGUCCACUUCUCGAAGCAUAUCGUGGAACGUAUCAAUCAGUUUCUCCGAUGAUAGCGCCCAUGGAGUUGUCUCCAGAUAGCGACUUAGACAGACUGUCUUCGCUAUCUCCUGGCCCUGCAUCGGAUGGCAAGCAUCACAGACGAUCCAGAAGUAGCACUGGUCAAGUUGACUUUGUCGGCUCUGGCUCAGAGUCAAAUUCAAAGGAACUCAAAAAGCGAGCUCGAUUAUAUGAUGCUGAGAAAGAUGCCUUGGCCCUGAACGAAGCGAUCUCACACCACAGAAUUGACGUCGGGAAAAUCUGCAAGAUCUUGCCCUGCCUCACUCACGACCAAAUCCUUGAACUCCGCAAGGAAUACAAGAAGCACGUCAAAGUCCAAGGACGAGGCAUCAACAUCGCCAAACACAUGAAGAUGAAAUUAUCAGGCAACUUUGGAAAAGCAGUAUAUGUCUGUGCUCUCGGCAGAUAUGAGAGCGAAGGCUACUGGGCCAACUUCUGGUAUCAAUCACACAGCAGUCGACGCGAGCUUUUGAUCGAAAGCUUGAUGGGUCGCAGCAAUGCUGAGAUUAGGCAGAUCCGAGAGUCGUUCAAGGAUAAACGCUACAAUGAUGAUCUUGUCAGGUGUAUGGAGAAGGAACUCAAGCCAGACAAGUUCCGCGUGGCCGUGCUGACUGCACUGGAGGCUAGACGGCAAGAGGAAAAUGAAGUUUACUCCAAAGGAUAUGUCGACAAGGAUAUUGAUGUCUUGAACAGGUGUCUGACAGCUAAAGAAGGUGGCGAGAGUACGAUGCUGGAAAUUGUCAUUCGUAGGAGCGACGCACAUCUUCGGGAGGUGCUGAAAGCGUAUGAACGUAGACAUGGGGUUAACUUUGCUAGAGAGGCGUUGAGAAAGAGCAACAAUCUUGUGGGAGAGGUCAUCUGCCACAUCCUCAAUGGAGCAAUCAAUCGACCUGCACGAGAUGCUCUACUACUUCGCCACGCUAUUGACGACAUUGGUUCUCACAAUCGAGACGAGGAAUUGCGCUAUGAGCUGCUCAUCUCCAGGUUGACACGAGUCCAUUGGGAUCAUGCACAUCUUGCUCGAGUCAAACGUGAGUAUGGCGAGAAGUAUCGUAAGGAGCUUGAACAUGACGUUGAGGAUGCAACAAAAGGUGACUUCCGAGAGUUCAUGUAUGAGAUCUGCAAGGCAUGAGAAGAUGAAAAAUAGGAGAUGAAUGCACGAGAUGAUGAGACACGACACGAUUUUAUGAGGAGAUAUUUGCCAUGUAGUCCAGCCUUUGGAUAUUUACCCCCACCAUGUCAUGUAAAGUUGCCAUUCUUU